AAGGAAAUUAAUUUUAACAGAAUAAGUGAACAACGAUUAGUGAAAGAAGAAGUGAGGGAAACCAUUCAAGAACUACAAGAUUGUAUAGAAGUACAAAAAAAAACAUUUACUGACCUACAAAAUGAAUAUUUUAAUUAUCAAGUGAUUGAAAAGGAAAAUUGGACAAAUAAGUUAACACAAACUGAAAAUAAGUGGUUAAAGAAAAUGAAUAACUACAAAAAAUUGAUGGAUACAGAGCAUAGAGAAGAAGUAGAAGCUUUAACUAAUGAGUGGUCUAAGGAACGAAAACAAAGGCCAAAUUUAGAGACUGCUGAAUGUAAAAAUGAAAAAGCACUUGAAAAAAUCAUUCAAGAUGUUGAAACUACUUCACAACGAGAAGAAGUUUUACAACGCCAAGUAACUAGACUUGCUAAAGAACUUGGUGAAUUAAAAAAAAAUUACAGAAAUGAAGUUUAUAAUAAACCUAGAACCAAUGAUAUGGAUGAUGAUAAUAACAAAGGUGGAUGUGAAAUGGAAUACUUAAGAAAUGUUUUAUACGAAUAUAUGAUGGGAAGGCAACCUAUGGUUUUGGCAAAAGUGUUAGCUGCCAUAGUAAAAUUUGAUUCCAAUCAGUUGAACACUGUACUCCAAAAAGAAGAACAGAAAGUUUCUUUAACAAAAACUUUAGGCAU